GUGCAUCGCCUCAUCCGCGUGCCUACGGCCAUCCCGUUGCCUAAACUCGUCAAUCACGUCUUCUAUGGUAUCACAGUGACUACUCCCAUUGAGGCAUGGGGUUAUGGGCAAUUUGGAGCUGGUUUCGUGCCACCAGCGCCAAUAAUUCAAUCCAGUGCAAGAGACGCGAUGGAAGCUAUUCGCAUUUUGCCAGCGCUUCCAGCCAAAAGCGGGAUACCAUCGCUGCACACUAGUGAAAGAUAA